AUGAAUGUGGUACAAGGAGAAGAAAUGGCCGUGGUCCAACGCGCGCUAACAAGCGACUCGUCGCGCAAUAACGACACGGCGCUCUCGGCGUUUCAAUUGGACGUUCUGUACAUCGUAAUCUUGAGCUGCUCGGCGCUGUCAUUGGUCGGCUGUCUCUACAUUAUCCGCCACCAUUACGUCUCGUCGAGACACCAUCGUGGUGUCUCGAUGGUACAAAACAUGGUGCUUGUGCUCUCGGUCUUGGACGCAGGACUGUCGUUCCCGAAACUCUUUGGUAACCCACUCACCGCUGAUGCUGUCGUGGCCACUGCGUCGUGCAAAGCGCAAGCGUUUGCUUUGCACCUGUUUGGCCUCUUGUCCGUCCUCUGGAACGCUGCAAUCGCUCACUGUUUCUACCGCAAGAUUGUCUGUCGUGACAGCGAAGCACGACUCAAGAAUCGAUUCAAGCUCUACGUGCUGCUUGCACUCGUGCCGGCCAUAAGCAGCAGCGUGGCACUCUAUGCUGCCAACGUGUUUGGCAAUGCCACGUUCUACUGCUGGAUUAAGUCGCGCUCGAAGCAGUUCUGGACCUUCUACUUGUUUGUCCUUCUCGCGAUUCUCUACGUCAGUGUCAUCCUCUGCGUCACGCACAACCGCGUCUCGCGUGACUUUCGCGACGCGCACUUGGAUGCGCAAGAAUCGUCGGCACUCAUCACGUCCAAGCUGAGGAUUUACAUUGCAGUAUUCAUUGUGCUCUGGACGCCCAGCGCGGUCUUUCGAUUGUUGUACGACAAGCUUGGCCUGGCGACGUUUACAGUAGCGCUGUUGAUGCAGGUUACCGUGUGUACGCAGGGCCUUGCGACUGCCAUUAUCUACGGAGGACUGCUGACCAAGUUGUAUCGGAUAGUCUCGUGCAAGCCACUUGCCGUUCCAGCGCACAAAUUUGUCGCCUCGUCAUCGUUUCCUACGAUGGACACGACCAACACCAUUCUGAGUUUGGUGAAACACUAUCGCCAACCUGCGAACAUCUUCGUGUCGACUUUCAACAUGGGCGAAGCUAAACUAACACCUGCUCAGUUAGGCAAGUGGAUACCGCUUGGACACGACGUGUACGUCAUCGGUCUUCAAGAGUGUCUACAUCUUACAGACACCCGCAGCUUGAUUUGCCAGCACCUUGAAGGAGGACGUCCACGACCAGCAACAAAUCGAGCAGCCUGCAGAAAAUCCACGUUCCACCAGUUUAAUCGCGAGAUUGGCAGCAAGAACAAGUCAUUGGGUUACCACGGUCACAUCGCUAUUACGGUGUUUAUCAAGUCUUCAGACGUGGACAGCGGUGCCUUCUACAUGCCACCCGUGGUGCAGCAGGAAGUUAACGUCGGUAAAUCCCUGGUGCUGGGCCGGGCGUCGAACAAAGGUGCCGUGGGUUUCGCGUUUCGGUACUACGACACCUCCUUCGCAUUUGUAGCGUGUCAUUUGUCCUCAGAUCCGAAGGGGAAAUCCAAAGUAUGGCGACGAAACCGUGACUCGCAGGAUAUGCUGCAGGAGCUACAUUUGAAUCUCGAGGACGUGGGUUUUGAGUUUCCACACGUGCAUCACCACAGCUUCGUUCUUGGAGACCUCAACUAUAGGCUGACACAGCGUGAUGCAAGCGCAAAUACCAUCCUGGAGAUGGUGUCCAAGGUACGGCAGUGUGAAACAUUGAAACCUGCGCCGACCAAGAGGACUCGCAGAUUACGCCGCGGGCUGCUUGGCAAACGAUGGAGUCCGAUGAGAAGUCGUGGUCUCGCGAGUUCUUUCGGACUCGGCAGUUCCCAAGGCGCUAGCAGCGAUCGAGAGAUCAAUGAGCUUGGCGUCAGCAUGCUGGAGCGUAGCGUCAAAAAUGCUUCGUCAGCAUUUGCUUCUUCGAAUGAAAGCAUCCACAGCAUCCAAUUUUCAGCGGACAGCGAGCGCGUGGACGACGAUCAAUUUGUGUGGGAUGAUGUGUUACUGCAUGAUGAACUGCAGGCCGGUAUGCGAAGCGGACAGAUUUUCUACGGUUUCCAUGAGGCGAGAAUUGCAUUCCCGCCUACGUUUCGCCGUGUGCGCGGGGCGGCACUGAAACUUGACGGGGCAAAUUGGCCGAUACACGAGUUGACAAAGUGCUACACCACAGCCGUAGCGGGUCACGGUAUGCGGGUACCGUCAUACACGGAUCGGAUUCUGUUUUUUUCUCAGCCGGAUAUGCGUCAUCGCUUGCGAUGUGCCGUCUAUGCCUCGUGCGAAGAAGUCAGCUGCUCUGACCACAAGCCUGUGAUCGCAGUGUUCCAAGCUCUGGUAAACCGCGACUUCCUGCCGAUUGAGACGGAACUCUCGACCAAGAAGCUUCAGCGAAUGCAGGAUGUGCAUGGCGUUCUGGAGUGUCAGUUACGUUUGAGCUUCAGCAGUAUGUCGUGGCAGCCUGAUGCAGCGGCCGAUUUUUCUCGUACGUCGUCCGGCACCCCGAUUGAUAUCGAUCAGCGUUCCUCGAGCUUUGAUCGUCACGGACACCAAGUGAUGGUGACGACCGUAUUCCCAUUACCAUCGGAAGAUAUCUUUUCAGCGCAGCGCAAGCUGCUAGAGCUAGCGGACUCGAUGAGUGGUGGCGUGUACUUGCAGAACACUGAUCGACUGCUAUGUAAGACAAACGUGGCUCACGUCAAGUGGACCGACUUCGUGCGUGACGGUAUCACUCACGCCACUUGUGCACGACCAACUGGUAACAUGCACGUGGCGAUAAAAAUCCAUGCGGGUAGUCAGGGUCCAUGCUUCGGUCAAGGUGUGAUCUGCAUUCCACAGACAACAGCUGACGACGGUGGCGAUCCAGCAGACGGAGUCCAGAAGCAGAACAACUUCGUUGUGGAACUCGCACACAGUGGAAGACACACCGGUACAAUGUCAGGCUUUGUUAGCCUGCAACUUUUGCAACAUGCCAAUGAUGCCUGA